UGCCUGGCCUUGCCCUUCCUGGCCCUGCCGCUGGCCCGCGACCACCACUGGCCGUUGGGUAGCUUCGCCUGCAAGCUGCUGCCCUCCCUCACCGUCCUCAACAUGUUCGCCAGCGUCCUCCUCCUGAUGGCCAUCAGCGCUGACCGUUGCGCCCUGGUGACGCGGCCGGUGUGGUGCCAAAACCACCGGACCCUGGGGCUGGCCCGGGGGGCUUGCGUGGCCGCCUGGUUCCUGGCCGGCCUCCUCACCCUUCCCUCCUUCAUCUUCCGCACCACCCGUUCCGACGUCUUCUCCGAGAAGGUCACCUGCGUCCUGGACUACACGGCCGUGGGGCGCCACCAGCACCUCACCGAGCUCGUCACGGCCGUCACCCGCUUCGUCUGCGGCUUCCUGGUGCCCUUCGUGGUGAUCACGGCUUGCUACAGCCUGCUGCUGGCCCGCGUCCACAGCAAGGGCUUUGCCCGCUCCCAGAAAGCCAUCAGGCUCAUCUUGGUGGUCAUCAUCAGCUUCUUCGUCUGCUGGCUGCCCUACCACGUCGUGGGCUUGAUCCUGGCCUCCGCCCACCCUCGCAGCAGCUUGUUCAAGGGGGCUGCGGACGCCGACCCCAUCGUGGUCGGUAUCGCCUACGUCAACAGCUGCAUCAACCCCAUCAUCUACGUCAUCAUGGGCCAGGACUUCAAGGACAAGUUCCAGCGUUCUUGGAGAGCCGUGCUGCGGGGCGUGCUGAGCGAUGACCCCACCAGCACCGUGGGGGACAGCAGGAUGAAGACCAAGUCCACCGUGGAUGACCAAAGCGUCAGCACCACCGUGUGA